AUGGUGGAUCAAGAGAGUGUUCAUAGACACUAUAGAAUACGAAAUGAAUUAAAACAAAUUGAAUAUGAAGAUAAUGCCAGAAAGAAUUUAAUUAAACUGUCAAUCCUUCAAGUCAUUGCAAACAACCAUUUCAAAAGCAUCCAACCAGUGGGGAGAGGUCGACGAGCUAAGAAACAGCCCGCAAAACAACUGAAACCUUUGUCUGCCACUAAUUUGACAGAUGAGAAACUCAAUGAGUAUGAGGUCCAUAUUAAUGAGCUCAAAUUGGAGCAUUCAACAUCUUCUAAACUUCAGGAAGCAAAAAUAAACGCAUUGAAAGAAGAGAACUUGAAAUUGAAAUCCCAGGUUAAAGAUUUACGGUUGUCUACUAAAAAACCAUCGUUGUUGUCGUUUGGAAAUGGCCCAUUUGCUUCAAAAUCGCAUACAUCAUUAUCGGUCUCACCAAGUCUCCAAGUCCCGUCCAAUUAUAAUAAGCAUAAAACCACUGCAGUUCCGUCAUUCAAUCCAAUGUCUGUGUUUGAUACGAUCAUGACUCCCGUUAGAAAAUCAAAAUUAACUUUAAAUAGACCCACAAGAUCGAAGACUGAGUUCACUCCGCCACAUGUACAAUCUGAUACUACUGGUACAUCGACAACUAUAGGUAUUCGAAGUAGCAGUGCAGUACCAUCAUCACCAACACGAUCUAAUAUUACUACUAGUACACCAACAAAAUACAUGGCAUCGUUUGACAAAUCAGAAAAUGAAGGAUCCUCAUCUCCCGACUUCACUCCCAAGCGAAAGACGGCCAAAGAAAAUGUCCCAACAGAUGAUGAGACCCAUAGUGCAUCAUCAAGUUUUGUCAGUGCCAAUUCCACCAUGCGUAGCCAUGCCACGGACGUAGAAAACAAUUCCGAGAAUGAAAAACCAAGACGUUCAAAAAGGAUAAGACGACCUACAAAGAAAUUGCAAUUGUCCAAAUCGAGAAGAGCAUUGGAAAAUAAACUGAACAAGAACACUACAGAGAAGAUUUCUCAUGGUUUAGAUGAUGAUGAUCUUAAUCAUUUAAACUUUUAUGCCGAUGAGAAUUUUAAAGACUUGGGAUUGAGUCCUCCUAAGAAACGGUCAAUAAGCGAAUCUGGGGAAACAAAACAACCAAAACAAAAGAAACAAAAGAACGUAUUUAGUAUAGAGUAA